AUGGGCGUUGCGCUGGUGGCCGUGGCCUUGGCAUUGAUAGCCGUAAUAGUCGUUUGGUUUCGUCGCCACCUCCAGCUCCGCAGGCAACUUUCAUCCAUUCCUUCACCCCGAUCUUUUCCCGUGGUUGGUCACAUCCCUAUCACAAAGCCUGAUGCCGAAGGGUUUCUCGAACAGAUCAUGGGAAUGGCUGAUCUUUACCCCAACAAGCCCAGAAUGGUCGUGUUUUGGAUCGGAUUUCAGCCAAAAGUCAUGAUAUACGAGGCCGAACUGGCGGAGAAAGUGUUCACAAGCAAUCAGCAUCUCAAUAAAGGGCUGCUGUAUGAUCUUUUGAAACCAUGGCUUGGCGAGGGAUUGCUAACUAGGUAAAGCUGUUUUUCGAAAAAGUAGCUUUUUUGCAUUUUAGGUAACAAUUUUUAUUUAGUGUGUACGAACAAUGGAAACCUCGGCGUAAACUUUUGACCCCCACCUUUCAUUACGACAUUCUGCGCAAUUUCGUGCAUGUUUUUAAUGAUCAAUCAAGGAUAUUGGUUCAACAGCUUCAAAAAGCCGUUCGGAAUUGGUGAGGUGUGGUUGCAUGUUUUGUUUUAUUUUUAGUGAUGUCAUUGACGAUAUCUACAAACCCCUAUCCCUCUGUGCUCUGGAUAUCAUUUGUGAAACGUCAAUGGGACAAUCAGUGAACGCUCAACUUGAAAAGGAUUCGGAAUAUGUGAGAGCAGUCUUGAGGAUCAAUGAGAUUAUCCAAACUCGUCAGAAGAAUCCGUUGUUGUAUCCGAGUGUAGUAUUCAAUAAUCUUCCUGUGGGAAAAGAGCAUAGAUGGGCUCUGGAUGUCCUUCAUUCGUUCACCAAGAAGGUUAGUUGUUACCAUAUGACUUUUAAAAUGAUUUUAGGUAAUAGACGAGCGAAGAAAAGCGAUUAAUUCGGAAUUUUCUGUCGUCAACGAUCGUCUGGCAUUUCUGGAUCUUCUCUUAGAGAUGGAAAAUAGAGGUGAGAUCAAUUCAAAGUCAAUACAAGAAGAGGUAGGGGGAUUGAUUUUUCCACAAACCUUCAACAUUAAUUUUUAGGUAGAUACUUUCAUGUUCGAAGGCCAUGAUACGACAGCUACAGCUUCUACAUGGGCUCUCCAUGUAUUUGGAUGUUACCCGGAAGUUCAAGAGAAAGUAUUCCAAGAGAUCACUAAUGUUAUUGGGGAUAGUGAGGAUAUCACACUUGACCACAUCGCCAAGAUGAAGUACCUUGAAUGUUGUCUGAAGGAAAUAUUGAGGUUGUAUCCCAGUGUUCCCUUGAUUGCUCGGAGGUUGGGUGCUGAUUUGGAAUUGGGAAAUCACACAAUUCCCGCAGGGGUUGAAAUUUUGAUUAAUCUGUACUUGAUUCACCGUGACCCAAACAACUGGGAUGACCCGGAAGUUUUCAAACCGGAGAGGUAAGUAAGAGUCGUCAUUAACGUAGUAAAAAUUCAAAUUUUAACAGGGUUUAUUAAUAGGUAUUUACAGGUUUAUGACCGAGAAAUCACCGAAUAGGAAUGCCUUCGCUUACGUUCCGUUUUCUGCCGGAAGUCGAAAUUGUAUUGGCCAGAGAUUUGCUCUGAUGGAGGAGAAAAUCAUACUCUGUUGGCUUCUCAGAGAGUUCCAGAUCGAGUCGAUAAGUCGUCGAGACCAGCAACGCUUCAUGGUCGAGCUGAUCCUAAGACCCACAGACGGAGUGAAAAUCCGAUUGAUUCCACGGAGAAAAUGA